AUCAUAAAGUAUAGUCCCGGGAAAUUGGAAUAAAUGUACAUUUACGGAAUCCUAUAUAAAGUUAGCAAUUUUAUUUUACUCCAGUACAGUUCAGACCUCCGUCCAAUUGGUAAUCAUCAUGGCAUUGUCUAAGACUAUUAUAUCUCUGGCGAUGUGCGUGGGGAUCCUGGCCGUGGCCCUCGCCGAUCGCUCCCGAGGUGGACUCAGCAGCUCCCAGGGGGGCGGGUUUGAAAUCGAGAGCGACCGACGCAUCAGCGGCAGUCGCGGCUCCAGCGAAUCCUCGUCCGGAGGGCGGCAUUCCGGCGGCCUUUCUGGGGGACGCAACUCCGGCGGAGGACUGUCUGGAGGACGUCAUGGAGGCCUGGACUCCCUGUCCGGAGGAUACCAGUCCAGUGGAGGCAGCCUCGACAAGCUGAGAGGAAACUCUAGAGGCAGCGAGCACAGUGAUACGCGAAGAGGAUUUGAAUCUAAAUCCAACUCCAAUCGCUAUUAGAUUUUUGUUUCAUGAUUGACCUUUCUGUGUGUCUUGGGAAUCUUGGGUUUACUGGGUAUUUUAACUCAAUAAAAUACUAAUAAUGACAGCUUA